AUGUCGGAAUUAGCUACGAAAAAGAAGAUGAGAGGUGGGCAUCGAGGCCACGUGGCGAAGUUAAUAAGCAGCGCUCGUGAGUUAGUGGAGACCUAUGACGGACAACGGAAAAGUGCGGUAGAGCAGGCAAAAGUUGGUCUCGAAGAAAAAUUAGAAACAUUGAGAGUAUUAGAUACGGCGAUACAAGAGAUGAUUUGCGCGAGUGAAUCUACAGGCGAAGCGUUUCUGGAAGAGAUAGAAAGCUCUACGAAAGUACGGACAGAGAUGCAAGAAGCGAUCAUAUUGAUCAACGGGGCCCUCACGACGACAGGAGAACAAACCUUGGCUACGGAGCCAAGCGGUAGUAGUUCGAAUGCGAUGGCGGAUCUAGAGAACGGCGGAUCGUCGAGCCAUGCGAGACUACCUAAGCUGGAAGUGAGAAAAUUCGACGGAAAGAUCCAUGAAUGGCAAGAGUUUUGGGAUAGCUUCAAAAGCGCUAUUCAUAACAAUACACGGUUAUCUGACGUAGAUAAAUUUUCAUACCUAUGUGGGUUGAUUGAGGGACCGGCGAAAGCUACGAUUGCGGGAUUUUCCCUGACAGCGGAGAAUUACGCCGCGGCUGUAGAGCUGUUGGAACGGAGAUUUGGCAAGAAAGUUGCUAUAGAACGGGCUCAUGUGAGCCAAUUGUUGAAAGUGCCACCAGUGUACGGCAAAAAGGAUGUGCGUGGACUCAGAAUAUUGCACGACACGGUGGAGACCCAUUAUCGUGGAUUGUGCGCGUUAAAGGUCAACGAAAAUACAUACUCUGGUAUUGUGGUACCAACGUUAUUGGAGAAGAUUCCAGAUUCAGUGAGACUUACUAUCACUAGAGGGGAAGAAUACCUUAAAUGGACUAUAAAAGAAUUGUUACAAGCACUGUUAACCGAGGUGGAAUUAUGGGAAGACUAUAGACUGACGCCACAAGUGAAACCUCCUGCUGGAAAUGGAAGGAAAAUGUACAACGAUAGUGCACUACAAGUGAAUCGGGAUUCUGGUCGGGAUAAAGAUCGAUGUGCAUUCUGUAUGGGGAAGCAUCGCCAUGAAGAUUGUGCCAGAGUGAAAGAUAUGAGAGAACGAAGGAACUUGAUACGUAAGUUUGCUCGAUGCUAUAAAUGUUUAGAGGAAGGACAUUGUGCACGUGACUGUAAAGUAGUUGUUCAAUGUAAAAACUGUAAGGGGGGUCACCAUAGUGCUUUAUGUGAAACUGAAGUAAGCAGUGCAUCAGAGGAGGAGGGUGCACAAGUAGGGAAUGAGGCAAGCACCCAUAUAGUUAAUGUACCUGCCAGCAUGUUAGUUGGGGGCAGCAGUAGGAUCGCGCUCCAAACAGCCCAAGCGCUAAUUAAGGGUAGUAAUAGUAGUAAUAGAGUAAGAGUAAUGUUUGACUCUGGGAGUCAUAAAUCGUUCGUAACUGCGGACGUAGCACACACGCAUAAUUUAAAAUUGCUUAGGAAGGAGUGGCUUAGCAUAAGUACGUUUGGUCGGAAAACCACUGAAUCGGGAUUGCAUGAUGUAGUUCUUAUCGACCUGAUUCCUGUAAGCGGUGGUGGGAAUCUGACACUCGAGGCUUAUGUUGUGCCGGAGAUUUCACGAAUAAGCAACAAGCACGUUGAAGUCGUUAAGAAAGACCUUUCGCAUUUGC